GUUCGUCAGUAGUCAGACGAUAUUUUGGAUGUAGGUUUUCACUUUUCCGCAAGAUGGUUCGAUAAAAAUUUGCACCGCUUGAGAUAAUUCUCACUAAGCUUGAAAAUUUCAAAACUCUAAACAUUAGUUAACUCUACACUAAAUUUUGCACUCCGGAAUGACGGCUACUAUCGAGUAUCUGAAAAGUCCGGAACUGGUCGUCAAAAUCCAGGAAUUUUUCGGUAUCGACUAUUUGGGACGCACCGAGAAAAUCGAUUCGGCUCUGCACAACGGUUAUGAAUGGGAAUACAGACAAUCUUCCGAGAAGAAUCGGGUAAAGAAAAUUACCAAUGGAUCAACGCCGUCGAAGAACGAUGAGAGCAGUAGCAAUUCCGAUAGGAAACAGCCGACGGAGAAGAGCGACAGGAGCAGCGAGGAGCCUUAUCGGGUGACUAAUAAGUUUUGGUAUUACCUUUUCAUGAUUGGUACCGAACUGGGGGAUGAGAUUUUCUACGCCACAUUCAUUCCGCUAUGGUUCUGGAACGUCGACAGUGCCGUGGGCCGACGGGUUGUCAUGGUUUGGUCGGCUAUUAUGUAUGUUGGUCAAACACUAAAGGAUGUAAUUCGAUGGCCUCGUCCGAGUUAUCCUGUCAGUCGGUUGCAGAAGAAGUGGGCCCUAGAAUACGGGAUGCCUUCUACGCAUGCGAUGGUUUCGGUGGCCAUACCGUUUUCGGUUCUGAUUUACACAUACGAUAGAUACAUUUACUCGAUAUCAGCUGGACUGGCGUUUGCUCUUCUCUGGUGUACUGUCAUUUGUGUCAGUAGACUGUAUCUAGGAAUGCAUAGUGUUUUGGACAUCAUUGCCGGUUUAGUAUUAGUAGUAACGUUGAUGAUACCAUUGAUACCGAUUGUGGACAAAUUAGAUUAUAUCAUAGUCACUAGUUACUGGUCGCCGAUAUUUGUGCUGGCCAUUUCGAUUAUGCUUAUAGUGUUCUAUCCAGAUUCCGGAAUUUGGACGCCAACGAGAGGUGACACCACACUUACGGUGAGCGUUUGUGCCGGUAUCGAAAUUGGAGCCUGGUUGCACUAUCGGCUCGGUGAUUUCAGCUCACCGGCUAAUCCGCCACCGUACGAAAUCAUUUGGCCUUCCUAUGCGAUGCUGGGAAUGCUGUUGAUGCGGACCGUACUUGGCUUGUGCUGCAUUGUGGCAACCCGUGCCUUUGGGAAAUCGAUUUCCUAUGCGUUUGUGUGCUUCCUGCUGGGCCGUGACAAGAACAAACUCCGGCGUUCCGAGAACACGUUGGAAAACAAGAACAAAAUAAUUGUCGAGCUGUCCUACAAAUUCUUCACGUAUGGAAUGAUCGGAUUCAACACCCAAUACAUGCUGCCGACUGUGUUCAAACUGUUGCGGAUAGGACGACCGGAUUUCUACACGGAAAUCUGAAGCAGAGGCCACGAGGCAUGAUUGCUGUGGUCAACCAUUCCGUAGAAUAUAAGUAAUAGGAAAAUUAUAACCACCACAACGACGGACAUUGAGAAAAGGUGGUUUUUAUUAAAUCUAAACCUAUUGACAGCAAUUCAAUCAACCUCCACUUGAAUUACUAGCACAACGAAUCUAGAAUUGAUACGUUUCAGUAGAUGCUUCGCUUUAUGCUUUCCAGGCGAAAAUAAAAGGUUUUGUUUUGUUAUAUA